GACAGUUCUCGAUACUGGAUCAUAUGUUUUUAAUAUGUAAAAUACGAAUAAUUGAAUAAUUAGUAUUUAACACAACAAUUAGAAAUAUUUAAUAUAAAUUCAUUUUGUUAAUUAAUUGGACAAAAUGAAUUCAAGUGUGAUAAUUGCGAAAAAGAGCCUUUCUCAAGUUUAUUUUUUAAUCACACGCUCCAAACAUAAAAUUCUCAAAGUUGGUUUAAAUCAAGAAUGGAGAAAACAAAGAGACUUGCCGGAAAACCCAAAUCGUGGUGGACCCUUAGCAAAUCUUCCAGAUUAUACAUUUUUGGAUGGAAGACCCACACCUUUAGGAAUGAAUCGGUUGAGGAAGAUAACUAAGCAGCGUGAAAUUGCUAAACAAAUAGUUACUCUUUCUUCAGAAAUAGAUUUUGCAUUAGAGAGAAGUGCAAAAUUGAAACAACAAGAAGAAACUAAACGCCAAGAAAUAAUCAACAGCAAAUUGAAACCUAAAGGCAACACCUUACUACAAUAG